CUGGGCUAGGCUGAGGGGAAUCUGGGCUGGGGGCUAUGGGGGGAUCUGGGCAGGGGGCAGCAGGGUCCAUGCCGGGGGCACUCGGGAGGGCGCCCUAGAGCAGGGCACUGCGGGGCGAGGUGGUUGGGCCCCAGGUCGGGUCUGGUGCGAGAGCGCUCAGGGUAGGAGCUGGGUGCUAGAGACAGGGCUGUGGAUCCCCCCAGCAGCUCCUGCCCCGGGCCAGCACCUCCCAAGCCCAGUGUGCCGGUACAGAGCAGCUCCCGCGAGCGGAGGAGACCCAGCUGCCCUGUCACCCCGGAGGGUCCCUGCUGGAUGGGGCUGAGGACAGGCGGGGAUUGCUGAAUUGAGAGGUUCCUGCCUGGCAGGGCUGUGAGCCCAGGGCAAACUCGCAGACCAAUACGAAGUUCUGACCCGCGUGCCUGAGCCCCACAUGCCCCAGAGCCCUGGGGAAGGCCCCUAUCCAGCCCAGUGGCUCUGCCACAGCUGGGAGUGCCUCUGACAGGCCCCCCUGGCUAACAUGGUGGGGUCAUGCUUCUCUCUCAGGGCCCGCGAGUGGAUGGGGAUGGAGCCCAUGGAGCCAGACUACCAGAAGCAAUUCCAGGCCGCUGUUAGAGUCAUUCAGGGCCUGCCUAAAAACGGGUCCUACCGCCCCUCCUACGAGGUGAUGCUACGCUUCUACAGCUACUACAAGCAGGCGACAGUGGGCAGCUGUGAGAUCCCCCGGCCUGGAUUCUGGGAUCCUAUCGGCCGGUAUAAGUGGGAUGCAUGGAACAGGUUGGGGAAGAUGUCCAAAGAGGAGGCCAUGGCAGCGUAUAUCUCAGAGAUGAAGAAGGUAGCCCAGAAGGUCAUUGACACGAUUCCGGUGGGCGAGAUGUCUGAGGACGUGUUUGGGUUCUUCGAGCCUCUCUAUGAGGUGAUACGUGACAUGCCUCGGCCCCCCGAGUCCUUCUUCAAGAAGAAGGCUGGCGCCGGGCCGGGCCAGGCCGACGAAGCCCCUGAGAGCAGCCAAGUGACCAGUGACGCGGAAAGCGAAGUCUACAGCGACACCCUGGAGCAGUUAGAGCCUGGUCAGGCUGGUCAGCGCGUGGCGGGGCAGAGCUGUUCCCUAAGCAGUCCUCACACAGCCAGCCUGCGUGCUGAUGUCGGGCGUGAGUCCCCGGCCCGAGCACCAGAAACCUGCAUGGAGGGAGAGCUGGGCGAAGGCGGAGAAUCAGUCGGGUGGAGCAGCGAUGGCCCCAGGCCCCUGGGCACAGAGAGAGAGCUGCAGGCUGCCCGGGGAGCCAGGGGCUGUCCUGAUGCUGACCAGGGGGACACAGCGAGCGCAGGGCUCCGGCCGGAGCUGGAUGUGCAGCUGCUUGGCACCAUCCGCGCCCUGCAGGACAACAUGCGGAGCGUCUUGAAGAGGCUGAGCCACCUGGAAACACUGAGCACUGCGCAGAGGCGCGAGUCUGGGUCCGGCCCUCGCCCCCCGCUGGCCAUGCUCGGUACGCAGAAGCCAUCCCGCUGGCCGCUGGAGGUCUCUGCUCGCACCUUACUGUUCCUCCUCGCCUGGCCCUUCAUCGUCCAGUGGCUGCUGUGGCGUUUCCAGCGCAGGAAAAGGGGAUUGUUCCGUCUGAACGUGCAGCACUGAGCGGAAACCCCAGGAACGCACUGCCUGGCUGGAACUUGCAGCUCAGCCAUUGGGACUCAGCACCCAGCAGACCCGCAAUGGGUAACGAAAGUGGUUCUCCUCCCAGGAGCUGGGAAAGGAGAACAAUCCAAGUGGCGCUCGCUGGGGGAGCGACGGGCUGUCUCCCCGAUGCCAGGGACAGCUCCUCUGAAGGACAGACCACUCCAGAAGUGUGGCAAGGAGCGAUCGGAUUCAGCACUAACUCAGCAAGCUCGGCGCCAUCAGCUUGGUCGGGGGGACCCCGGCCUGUUCUGGGAUCUGGCCCAAGCAUGUUCUUCUCUGAGACUCCAUUUCACUUGCGGGAGGACAGGGGGACACUCGUGAGACCUGCCAGCAGGCUCCUCUGUCUCUCCCCACUCGCACUUCAGGUGACCUGCACCAUGCCAGUGGCAGCAGAUGAAACGCCCCAUUAAAGAAAAACAGCUUU